AUGGACGAAAGCACACCUCUGCGUGAGAUCAAGUCCGCAGACUCCACACCUUUGAAGACGUCAGCAUGUGAGGAAGAGGUCGAGCCAACAAUACUCACACUGCAUGACGACCACAUUUCACAGAACGGAGAACCAUUAUACGACUCCGAGUCGUCCAACACCUCCAGAUCUCUCGUCUUUUAUCUCGUCCACCCGCUCAACUCGCACUAUCGAACCGACAAACCAGCCUAUUUCGCAACAUGCGCGAAAGAAUCCGGCCUCGGCAACAUUGAACUGAAUAUUGAGAGCAAAGGACUGUCCAAGACGAAGUACAAGGUCCUGCUCAGCGCCGGCCGCAGUGCCUCCAGCGAUCCUCUCUUCUACAACCCCCCGACCACUGCACUAUCCGCAAAGACCAAAUUCGUGGGCGGCAAGUAUUUUUGGACCGACUCGCAGGGGCAGACGAUUGCGCAGGAGGCGUUGACGAGUGAUGACAAACCCCAGCUCAAAAUCAUGCAGGCAAUGCAGACGAAUUUCAGAGACGCUGUCGUUGCUGCAUGGUGCUUGAGGAUAUGGUCGCAAAUCUGGAACGACUGA